UACAAAUCAAUACAAUGGAGAAAAAAGCAAAAUUUUACUUCGUCUCGGAGGCUGGCAUAGACUCAGCAAAAAGUACAGCAGUGAAAGUAAAAAAAAUUCAGCUGCUUGGGCAAGAGGAAAGUUUUUUGUUUCCAGCGGACAAGCAGACGAGAGCUCAGCAUGAUAAGCUUUUCGAGAAUGCUAUUGUGAAGAACGUAGUCAAGAGUCUGAAGCAACGCAACAAAUUUCGUAAUGUAGUAUUGACGUUGUCUGAAGAACUGGAAAACAUCUACUUGGAUGAGGAAGGUAAUGUUGUUUUUCAUGACGAAUAUCUUGAAGAGGAUACCCCAAUGCAAGAGGCAAGCGGAAACAGAGAGGCAUCAGCCACGAGUGAGAGGAAAACGAGCUCGCUCGUGAAAGACAUGGUAGUGGAAAAGUUUAAUGGUGAGAAUAUGAAUGCGAGUAAUUGGAUGCGUUUAUAUGUGCAGGAGUGUGACAGAGUGGGUAUCGCGCAAAACAAAUACGCGGAAGUUUUGAGACUGUUCCUAGAGAAGGGAGCGUUAGAUUGGUAUAGCGUAUCGGUAAAACAGAUUUCUUUAUUGAACUGGGAAGCGUGGAAUAACUCUUUUAUCGACACCUUUGCCGCGCAGUCCUGGGUAGACAUUGAGUAUGCUUACAAUUUCAAAUUUUACAGCGGAUCGUUACUAGAGUAUGCGCUAAAGAAAAGGAGCUUAUUAUUAGAAGCGGAUGAUAGCCUAUCCGUAAGCACUCAAAUAAACAUGAUCGUGAUUAGUUUACCAAAGUUUAUUCAAAAUAAACUAGGAUAUAGAAAUAGAUUCCAUUUGGAAACAGUAUGCCAUAACAAAGAUAGGCAAAGUAAAAAUCCUAAAAAUGAAAAUAUCAGGGUCACAAAUAAUAAUGAAGUUCAGGAGAUAUUAGCUAGGCAAGAGGAAUCAAAAAACGAUUAGUCCUCCCACUUAUAAAAAUAAAAAUAUUUGCAAAUGGCAAUCCAGCAACAGCUUUAUACGACUCUGGAUCAAAUGUUUCUUUGAUCAGUAGUACAUUCAUAACUAAUAAA